CCAGGCUCCUCCUCUGAGACAAAACCAUCGCAGCGAGCAAAGAGGGUUUAAGGAUUUAAGAACCCAGCUGCAGACAAGCAUGGCUCUGAGAUCGGCGGCGGCGGCGGCUGCUCCUCGCGGCUUGCUCAGACGGCUCUUCUCAACGGCUUCCACUUCUCCUUUCAUUCCGCCGACCCCCGCUGCGGCUCAGGCUCGAGAGCAGGCCGAACCGAGCUCAAAUCUCUUCGUCUCUGGACUUAGUAAACGUACAACGACAGAAAAAUUACACGAAUCCUUUUCUCAGUUUGGUGAAGUAGUACAUGCUAGAGUGGUGACUGAUCGUGUAUCGGGAUACUCAAAGGGAUUUGGUUUUGUAAAAUAUGCUACUCUAGAAGACGCCGCAAAAGGUAUAGAGGGCAUGGAUGGCAAGUUUCUAGAUGGUUGGGUUAUAUUCGCUGAGUACGCAAGGCCCAGACCGCCACCGGGCCAGCCUGGAAACAAUAUGACUCCUCCAUUUGGUCGUCGGUGACCGACUUCUAUACGAAACUCAAAGAGAACAGUUUUUUGUAUUUAAUCCAUCUUUAUUUAUCAAUUAUUGUUGACGAAUCUUCAUUGAGAGGUGGGUUGAUCUUCACUGCCUUGUAUUCUUAAGUUGUGGGCAUCAACCGGCGAAUAUUAGAAUACAGAUGUCAAAUUUCCAUGUCACUGAAAUUUGUACUUUUUUUCUUUCUUUAUGAACCAUUUUGAUGGAUUUGUAUUGUACUAAUAACAAACCAUAAAGUGGAAACCAAAGAUGGAGAAUGGAUAGAUCUGUUCUGUUGACUCU